CGUGGCUUGUAGAAUGUUCAAAAGCAAAUAAGCCGCUGAAACUCAAAAGGAUUACAACUGUGACUUGUCGUAACAUCUUGCCGUUGAAUCACUCAGUAAAUCUCAGUCUUCACGAAAAAAAAACAUGUCAUAAUAGUGAACGAUAAAUGUGACAUAAUAUUGAGAAAUUCGCGUGUCAGUACAAACCAAAACUUUACACAGCUAUUUAUCAACAAGACUUAUAUUAAUAACAUCAUGUUUGUUAGAAUUGUAGUCAAUUGGACGUCAUGAAUCACUUUAUUAGCGAUGGAUACUAUAGAAUUAUUGAUUCUACUUUGGUUAGUGAUUUUAACUCACUGUCGGACCAUUUCUACUAAUCAACCAAAUUUUAAAGACUAUUCGCCAAAUGAACUUUCUUUAACGCCAGUAAACAAAGGUGAUAUUCUUUCACGAAGUUACGGGUUCAGUGACAACUCUAAUAUUGCAGUUGAUUACCAAACUCAGAUUUCUCAGACACAUAUGCCAAUUACUUCAACAAAUUUAGCACCACAACAAUUUGGUGAUUCAGAACACAACGAAAAUAGAUAUGAUUUGGAAUCCAUAGAUGGCUAUGAAAAUUCACACAAGCCUGAAGUAUCUGAAAAACCCAAAAAAGAUUAUGAAAAAAUCAAAAAAAUCAAGGAAGUAUCAAUACAGACAGAUAUUUCAUUGGUCCCAAAAGAAAAUAACCAAAACAUAAAUCCUUUAUUUCAGCAACAAGGUCAAUAUCCUAUAUUUAUGAGGCCUAUGAGAGAUGUGAGUAUAUUAGUGAGGAAUCCAAAUCGACCAAUAAUUAUUGCACGCCAAAUUCCAGUUCAAUGGAUACCACAUAACCGCUUUUACCCAAGAAAACUGCCACCAAUGUUGCCAAAGCAUAAACCAUGUAAGCCAUGUGAACCUAAAGUCCAUAAAAAACAUCAUCAUACACCAAAAAAACCUAAAAAAAAGUCAAAAGGACAUUGUCAUCAUCAUAAACCGAAAAAGCCACAUCACAAAAAGCUUAUUUACUAUUCCCCGAUGCAGCAAGGAGCAAGAGAUUUUAGAGAAAGAAGCCCUAGUAGAAUAAUUGUACCUAACACUUACGACGUAGAAGAAAAUAUUGAAAAUGAUGAGAACAUCGAUGAUGAUAAACCAUUUAAAGAAGAAAUAGAAGAUGAUAUAGAUCAUAGAUUAGAUGAAAUAGGAGAGCCUUAUGACGAAGAAGAAACUUCCGAAAGUAAAAAAAAACAUUUAAGACAUUACAAAACUAAAACAUAAUUCGAAUUAAAUUAAUUUAGUUUAAAUAUAUAGACAAAUUAUAAGAUAUUUUUUUUUCAAAAUUAGUACCUUAGUUAGAUAAGCAUUAAGGUUUAGACAUAUUUUAGUAAAAUUUAAUCUCGUGUAAUGUUCAACUUUAUAUAAUUUGUACAAAAAGUAUAGAAUUUACUAUAGCAUACAAAAUUUCGUGUUCAAUAUUUUAGAAUAAUUAGUAAUAAAAAAAUUUUAAUUUAAAAAAAAACAAAAAUUAUUUUUGAAAGAUUGUUUUUUUCACUGCAAUUAAUUAAUCUAAAACUUGUUUAAAAAAAAUGUAUAACACAUAUUAAUCAAACCUAUCAUUAAACAACGAAUUAGCAUAUUUUGCUAGAGAAACUCUGAAGAGAUUUUUGAGCAAUUCUAUGCAACUAUGAUAAAAAUAAGUUGAAUUUAAAUUAAGUUAAACUCAUUAGUUUGGCAAAGAAAUUUAAUUUUUCUUUUGUUCAUUUAAUGACAAAUAAACAUAUAUAUUUUUCGUUAUUUAC